AUGUCAUCACUACUUAAUAUCAAUGAGAUUUUUAAUAUUGAUAAAGAAGAGGAGAUUGAAAUGAAUAAUAAUGAUAUUAAUAUUAAUGAUGAACUUGAUAAUAUGCUUGAUAGAAUUCUAGAUGCUAUGGAUAAUACUGAACAACAUGACAGACAAGUGCAUAAAGGUGAAAAAAAAAAUAUCAAUAAACUGAGCAAUAGUAUUGCCAUCACUAUGGUAUAUACCAGAGUGUUGUAG